AUGCCGCGUGUAGACUACAACGCUAUGGACAAAGCUGAACUCGCCCGUCUCGUAGCUGUGCUUCUGGGGCAGACACCAGCCCUACGGCAACGGCUGCUGCAAGAGCCGGCCGAGGGCGACGACAAAGCCGGCCGCACCUACGUGCACGGCAACUUCACGUGUACUUACGAGGAGACAUGCUUGCCAGAAAUCUGGCCUCACUUGGAUAUCGCAAAGACGCUGACAAUGCAGCUGGAGGCUAGCCCGCCCGACCAUCUGGAGACAGAGCAUCUCGAGGUGCUGUUGGCCAGCUUGCCCUUCUUCUUCGACGAAGACGAAGCAGACGAAUGGUUCAACAUUUUCGAGAAGGUGAAAAGAUAUGUCUUCACGGCCUUGGUGGAUCCUCAACUCCACCUGCUCAGUACGCAAAUCAUUCGCAAGUUCUGGGCAAGUGGUGUCGAGACGAUUGCGGCGAAGACAAGGGAAAACUCCCUGGACAUGAUGGGAGAGACUCUCAGCAUGCUCUAUGAUGGAUCGGAGCGUGUCGAGGAGGCCUCAGUCAUUGUUUUCCUUCGAGAGAUGCGGGGUCGCGACGACGACACCCAAGCAGAGGUGGAUCGCAUGAUCGAUCAGUUCGCUGAGUCCCAUCCAGACAAGUACCAGGCAUCACAGCUGCACACAGUGUCCCAAGAGUGA